UCAAAAAUUUCAUUCUGAAUUGUACGUCUGUAACUAUGGAAUUGCCCAUAUGUUGUGGUUGCAACUUUUAUCACUGGAAAUGAAGACAUGGAUUGAAUAUUAGAAGAGAUAUUAGUUUUGUACACAACUGAUUAGUAACAAAACAAAGUUUUCACAAUAUCAAUGUUCUCUUCACUUGAAAUCCAAGAAUGUUCAGUAUUGAACUUGGAUUAGGAAUUAGCUUAUAAAACCAUACAAAAUAAUUGACUUUGACCAAUGCACACAGGCUCUUUAUAAAAAACUGAUAUUACCAAAAAUGAAGAAACUCAAGUACUGAAUAAUUGUCAUAUUUGUUAGAGUCUGGUGCAAAAACAGCUGGUUUCCUGUACAUUAUUUGAUUUUUCAACAGAAGGGUGCUUUUGAAAAUUAGGCAGAAAAUUGUCUCUCACAAAAAGUAGCUAAAAUGUAUUGGGCCAGGAAAUUUUUUUAAAUAUAAAAAAAAAAAAAUUUUGAUUUGUACCUUAUUUUCGAAAAAUGUUUGAAAUAAAUUCCAAAAGUUUCUUAAACGUUUGGGAUUGGGAACUUUUAAAAACCUGUACAUGCAUACAAAAAACUUGUCUGGCAUUUAUAACCUACAUAAAAUCUUGUCUGGCAUUUAUAACCUACAUAAAAAAUUACACAAGAGGUAAAAUAUAACUACUGACUCCAAAGCCAUAAGAAAUAGUUUGAAAACAGAUUGGCUAAUUUUCAAAACUUGAACCAAACUCUGCUUGAAAAAGUAAUUGUUGAAUUUGGCAUUUUACAUAUGCCUUUGUCUUUGAAUGUAGUCUUUUAAGUUGUGGUAUUAAACUUCUCGUGUAAAGGCUGUCUUCAUCAUCAUCCUUUUCUUUAUUUAGCUCUGCUAAAAUUGCCUUAUCUACAUCAUUAGCUGCAUCCCUUUUCCUUCUUUUGCCAGAAAUAUUUGGUGCUGCAGGGCUAUUAACAUGAUCCACUGAGCUUCUUGUUGACAUAGAGCAAGCAGGGCUUUCUGUCAGUGAAUCUCCAUUAAAUUUUUCAGAAUUCUCAUUGUCAGCCAUGUUUGACAUAAAGCCUAAGCUUAGUAGUUGGCUUCAUUUUUCUUCAUCUAUUGUGGAAAAAUCGGAGGUCGUUGGUGUUUCCACAAUGCUAAUUUUCUUUAAAAAGCUAAUCUGGCUUAUCAAUUGCCAACUAUUUUUCUUGGAUCUCCAGAUUUUGGAGCCAAGAGCUUGAACUUCUUCUUAUGCAUGUCUUUUAAAACCCGCCAUUUUGCUUUUGCAAACGAUGCUUUGCAUUUGCUAUCUGAAUCCAUGCAGAUUCUUAUUCUUGUGGUUUGCUUGAUAGUAUUUUAGUGUCACAAAAGAUGCAUUAAACAGCUCUUUUGAAGGAAUCAAUCUUGAGAUGACAGACAGACCCUCUUGCAUUUAGCUGCAUGUGUAGGGGACCAAUGAAUGGAAUUAUAUUUGUUAAAGAUGAUGGUACAUCACAAGGAAGAGAUUGUCGAGGAUCUGCCUGACAUAAAACUGAGCUGGUCAGUCUCCAGGUUGAGGACAUAUAAAGUAAUCUAGAUAUUCCAAAGCCUUGGUGAGUAGCAUGUUUGAGGGCUUGCAAAAAAAUUUCAAAAUUCUUCAAUGGCAGUUCAUCUAACAGUUUGCUUUGCUGCAUUAUUCUGAUGUCUCUUCCUUGCUGCAUAGCUUGAUAGUUGUGGAUCCAAAGUCUCUUUCUCUCUUUCUCAAGGUCAAAAAAUUAUGCUCUUAUCCAAAAGGGCAUGAUAGAGGCAAAGGUAGAAGAUACUUUGUACAUAUUUUCACAGGCGAAUUGAGAAAGUAGGUUGCUGCUGAUACCAUCUGGAUAUGUGUGAUUUCCAUUGGAUGAGAUUGCAUGUAUUCCUGGAAAAUUUUUUAACAGAAUUGUAGCCAUACUUCUGGCAUCAGAGAUUUUCAAAUCUUUCGGACGCGUUUUGGUAUGAAUAUUUGUGUAGUCAUCUAUAAGUAGAAUUAGAAGUUCCCCAUUUGUGACAGUCCCAUUUAUGUAUUCGGAAACAGCAUUGUUUGGUUUCUCCAUAUUUUUCCAUAUUUCUCCAUGUUGUCUUUGUGAUUUCUUAAAGACUGCAACCCCACUUUGAUUUUGGAUUGAAAGACCUGUUUCACCGAUCCCUUUGUUAACAACCUGUGUAAAAAGAAUCCUUUGAAACCAGUUUGUCUUUUGUCACCGGCCAAACAUUAUCUGCUUGGCCCACACAAGACUACGGUGGCCCAUAAAGGCAAUACAAAAGUUUGCAAACAACUACGAAUGUUUUGAAACAAAUACAAAAAUAUAUAAUUUUGUCAGGGAAUAUGUUUCCCACAACAAUAAAAUUAAAUUCCACUACAUUAAAGUAAAUUCCACUACCAAAAAGUAAAUUUCACUACAAAAAAGUAAAUUCCACUACAAAAGUAAAUUCAGCCUCGUUUUGAGAACUUGAGGCUGGCCUAGGCAUUCCAGUCCACUUGUUCCGGUCUAAUAUCGUGGAUGAAAAUCAUGUCAACGAGGGUACAAUUCUGUCACAACUGUGCGUUUAAGAUAUCUGAUGAGUUCAAAUUCUGCCCCAGAUGUGGGUCGAAGCUGUAACGAACUUUCGAGAACGAGUCCUCUUUGCUUUCUGCCAAAGAGCAAAGCGGCAAAGAUGACAGCUGUCGAAUCUCUUUGCCAGGAUUCGCAGUAUUCAAAAGAAAAAACAGGAAGAGCGAAGCUCCUUUUCAGUGAGAGGACUUGGCAAAAGGAAAAAGGUGGAGGAGAAGCCCGUUGUGAUAAACGUUGGGGUCAUGAAGAGUAAACAUGGAGAGAUUAAACGUGGUGAAAAUUUACAUGUGAAGCUGUUACCUUCCUCGCAAGUAGAAGAGAUACUCAGAGUAGCAAGGCAGAAACAUUGUGCCUUUAAUAAGCGAUUCAACGACAAAGGAACAUACAAACUUGCGUAUAAAGAUGGUUCUGAAGUAGUUAAUGUCCCAGGAACUGAAGAACCAUUUUCACUCAAGCGGUUUAAAGAAGAAUCUGGCUUCAAUGAUGCAAGGAUUGCACUUUACUUGCAACCAACAAGGCUCACUUUCAGCGAAGUUCUUGGUGAACUUGCACAUGAUAAUGAAAGUGAGGAAGAUAACUUGCUAUUGGCACCAAUAGAUCCUCUCUCUCCAUUAAGCCAUAAAGAAGACUUCGCAGUUGAAAUUAGCCAGAACCCUUCUGCAGAAAUUGUGGCCCUUGCCCCAGGCAUUGAAAGUUCUAAAAUAGUUCAACACGAGGAGGAAGCUGUAAAUGAGCAGAUGUCGCCCAUACCUGGAACUAGUUAUUCUAAUCUCUCACAAGAUGAUGGACAGGUUGAGUGCCCAACAUCCUUUGUGAAGUUUCCUGUUGCCGAAGUAAGCCAACAUGCUGAUGAAUGUGCUGAUGAGUUCUGGUCAAGAUCAGACUCUGACAUCAUUGGCCACAUCACCAAAAAGGUAUGUGGUGAUGAACAAGCAGAAGCUGACAUACCAUCACUGAGAACUGAGAUCAAAAAAAUAAAAGAAAGUAAUCUUGACAAAACCAAAAUUCUUGUGACCGUCAGAUGAAGCAGCAUUUGGAAUGAUUUUAAGCGUGCCAGAGAAAGAUACUACAGACCUGAUUCUGCUUUCAAAGUGACUUUUUCUGGAGAACCAGCUAUUGAUACUGGUGGGCCAAAAAGAGAGUUUUUUGCUGGUGAGCA